AUAAAUAAGUAAAUAACCAAUCCAAGUAUCAAACAGCAGCACAAACUGAGAAGGAGCAAUGGAACCCAGGUCUCUCCUUCGCCUUCUCUUCCUUCUUUUGGCUGCCCUCGUUCUCCUCCUCAUCCAUUCCACCCGUUCCUAUCUCCAUGAUCUCCCAAACUCUUCCUCCACUCUCCGUCCCGUCCUCAACUCCCGUCCAAGACCCACCAUCACCACCACCGUCUCAUCACAAAGUUCUCACGAGUCCGACGUCCCUCAUCAUCCACUCGACCCUCUCACCAUCCAAGAGAUCAACACAGCCCGCUCUAUCAUCCUUUCCUACCACCCCUUCUCCUCCUCCCCCUCCUCUCUAAUCAUCCACUCCCUCGUCCUUCAAGAACCAGAUAAGCCUGUGGUUCUUUCAUGGCACCCUGGCCUCCCUCUUCCCCCUCGCCAUGCUUCCACCAUCAUCCGCUUCCUCAACUCAUCCUAUUCCCUCACCAUCGAUUUCUCCACCAAGAACAUCACCAGCAACCCUCUACCUUCCUCCGGUUACCCCACCAUGACCAUUGAGGACAUGAACAGCGCCUGCUGGGCCCCUCUCUCAGACUCCAACUUCAACGCCACCAUCCUCGGCCGCGGCGUCCGCCUCUCCGACCUCGCCUGUCUCCCCAUCUCUUCAGGUUGGUUCGGCCCUCAAGACGAACACCGGAGACUCAUCAAAGUCCAGUGUUACUCAGCCGAAGGCACUGCCAACUUCUACAUGCGCCCCAUCGAGGGUCUCACCGUCCUUCUCGACCUAGACACCAAGCAGGUCGUCCACAUCUCUGACGUCUCCCCGGACAUUCCCAUCCCCAAGUCCUCCGGCACCGAGUACCGCUUCGACUCACUGAGUUUAAAAGACAACCACAAAACCAAACCUCUCAACCCGAUCUCCCUCGAACAACCGGCUGGACCGAGUUUCGAGAUCGAGAACGGGCACGUCGUGCGUUGGGCCGGGUGGGAGUUUCAUCUCAAACCGGACCCGAGGGCGGGUGUGGUUGUGUCUGCGGUCCGGGUCACGGAUCCGGAAACGGGCGAGAAACGUAGGGUGAUGUACAAAGGGUUCACGUCAGAGUUGUUCGUGCCGUACAUGGACCCGACCGAUGCGUGGUAUUUCAAGACUUAUAUGGAUGCGGGUGAGUAUGGAUUCGGGUUGCAGGCCAUGCCGUUGGUCCCGCUCAAUGAUUGCCCUCGCAACGCGAAGUAUAUGGAUGGGGUCUUCGCGGCUGCGGAUGGACGGCCAUACGUGCGGCAGAACAUGGUGUGCUUGUUUGAGAGCUAUGGAGGCGAUAUUGGUUGGCGGCACUCGGAGAGCCCAAUCACUGGAAUGGGGAUAAGGGAGGCAAGACCAAAGGUGACGCUGGUGGCUAGGAUGGCAGCAUCGGUGGCUAACUAUGAUUACAUAGUGGAUUGGGAGUUCCAAACAGACGGGCUUAUCCGAGUCAAGGCGGGACUAAGUGGCAUUUUGAUGGUCAAAGGAACGCCGUACGUGAACAUGAACCAAGUUCCAAAGAACGAGGAGAUGUACGGGACUCUGUUAUCAGAGAAUGUGGUUGGAGUUAUACACGACCACUACAUCACCUUCCACCUUGAUAUGGACGUGGAUGGCUCCGAGAACUCGUUUGUGAAGGUGAAGUUGGAGAGGGAGGAGACGGACCAGAAAGAGUCUCCGAGAGUAAGCUAUCUCAAGGCCACAAGGCACGUAGCCAAGUCUGAGAAGGAGGCUCAGGUCAAGCUAAACUUGUACCAGCCUUCGGAGUUGCAUGUUGUGAACCCGUCUAAACUCACCAGAGUUGGGAACCCAGUUGGUUAUAAGUUGGUUCCUGCUGGGACAGCGGCCACCUUGAUGGAUCCUCAGGACCCUCCUCAGUUAAGGGCUGCAUUUACAAACAAUCAGUUAUGGGUGACUCCUUAUAACAAAAGUGAGGAAUGGGCUGGUGGUGUCUUUGUGUACCAGAGCAAAGGAGAGGACACACUUGCUGUUUGGUCUGACAGGGACCGAUCAAUAGAGAACAAGGAUAUAGUGUUGUGGUACACGUUAGGGUUCCACCAUGUCCCCUGUCAGGAGGACUUCCCCAUCAUGCCCACAGUAUACUCUAGCUUUGAUCUCAAGCCUGUGAACUUCUUUGAGUACAAUCCCAUUCUUAAGUCUCCUCCUAAUUUGGAGAAGGACCUUCCAAUUUGCAAUGCAGCUGCUUCAGCUUGAAGAUGAAUUAAGCGUUAGUAUUUGGUGUGGGUUUUAGUGAGGUCCAGUUGAUGGACUAGCUUCUUCAAACAAGAACAGCUCUCUGUAAAAAGAAUUCUCAUGUUUGAAUGUGUUGUUUUCUUUAGGUUAAGUUUUCAAGUGGUGGAUAAGAAUGGAACUUGUGAUACAUACAAGUUUUCAUUAAAUAAAUUCUUGUUCAUUUUCUUGAUA